GUGAAAGAUGCUCAGGGCCGCACAAGAUUCCAUGGAGCGUUCACUGGCGGAUUCUCGGCAGGAUUCUACAACACCGUUGGUAGCAAGGAGGGUUGGAAGCCGUCGACAUUCACUUCGGCAAGGGACAAGAAACAGAAGGAUGCGGCCGGGAUAG